AUGGGUCGUCCUCCUAGUUUAGAAAGUUUAUUGGGUAAGAAACGAAAGCCUGAGGGUGAAGAUAGCGGCUUGAACGGUAUAGAGAAGCCCAAGUUUCUGUCGGUAGGUGAACGGGAAAGAUUGGUUGCUACACGUACUCCAAGUGUAAACCAGAAACCUUUAAAAGUUGAGAAGAAGCGGGUUACUGAGGAUUUAGAAGUCCCAGAAGAUAAAUUCAAAUCGAAUAGUGAGCGACAAUCUGUUAAACGCUCACGGUUUAGAUUUGAUUGGAAUGAGGACUCAGAUACGUUAGCUGGGUAUGAACCGAUUGUCAAUACCAAAGUUUCGUUCUUAGUUAAUGAAAAGAGUGGUGGAGAUUCAUUGGAGAGCUCCAGGAUGGGCAAACGUUGGCAGGAAAAGACUCUCAAAGAGAUGACUGAUAGAGAUUGGAGGAUAUUUCGUGAAGAUUUUGAAAUCACAACUAAAGGUGGGUCGAUAGAGAAUCCCAUAAGAAAUUGGCACGAAUCAAGAAUUUUAAAGGAUGAUAUGCUGGACGUUAUCGUCAAUAGCUUAAAAUAUAAGGAACCUACGCCAAUCCAGAGGAUAGCAAUACCCAACAUCUGCAAAAGAGGAAGCAGAGAUUUUCUCGGAGUGGCGUCGACUGGUUCAGGUAAGACAUUAGCUUUUGUCAUUCCCAUAUUGAUUAAGAUGAUUAGUUCUGAGCCGAGGCCUCCAGCUUUGAAAUCAAUAGAAGGUCCAAAGGCCCUUAUAUUGGCACCGACAAGAGAAUUGGCACAACAGAUACAAGCAGAGUCAGAAAAAAUAACAAAACUUUGGAACGUUAAGAAUCCUGAAUACUCUUGUCGAGUAGUUUCUGUCGUUGGUGGGCAUAGUCUGGAAGAAACUACUUAUAAUCUCCAAAAGGGCUGUGAUAUAUUGGUCGCUACUCCUGGACGUCUAAUAGACUCGCUGGAAUCUCACAUACUGACCAUCAAGCAAGUUGAGACCCUCGUCUUGGAUGAAGCUGAUCGAAUGAUAGACCUGGGCUUUGAAGAGCAAGUGACAAAGAUUUUUAACAUUUUGGAGUCUACAUCAGAACAGGGAAAAAUACAGAAACUCAUGUUUACCGCUACGAUGUCCGGAAGUAUCGAGCGGAUCGCGAAUGGUUAUCUACAAAAGCCGUCUUACGCAACUAUUGGUCGUGGUGAAGGUUCAAUUCCGCAAAUUCAACAACUUGUUUACUACUCAGGAAGUGAGGAGCGGCGGUUUAGAAGGGUCAAGAGUCUUCUGGAACAGUAUAUGCCGCCUAUAAUUGUUUUCGUGACUUACAAGAAGACGGCAGAUUGGCUAGUACAAAAGUUCAACCAGGAAACCUCUUUCAGAGUGACGGUGCUACAUGGUUCAAAAUCACAGGAUCAAAGAGAACACUCAUUGCAACUUCUGCGGUCUGGCAAGGCUCAGGUAAUGAUUGCUACCAAUGUAGCAGCUAGAGGCUUGGAUAUACCAAAUGUCUCGCUGGUCGUGAAUUUCCAGAUCUCCAAGCAAUUUGAAGAUUACAUUCACAGAAUUGGUAGAACUGGUCGUGCUGGAAUGAAGGGAACGGCAAUUACAUUCUUGGGGGACGAUGAGAAUACUCAGAUUGUUGAAGAAAUCUCGAAGUACAUCAAAAAUAAUAAUCCCACUAAUUCGAAUGUCUUUGAUAACACUCUGAGGGAAAAAUACAAUAUUGAGAAUCAUCAAAUGGAUGAAUUAAUAUAUUAA